AUGGCUCGUGAACCUCCUUUUUUUUCCAAUAUAAUUAUGGGUGAAGAAACACCUUACAAAUAUUCCUAUAAAUUAAUAAAGUUUUUGUGUGAUAACAAUGUAAAAGCAUUUGAUUAUUCACGAUUUAGUCAAUUAAAAUGUAUCCAAAGAGGAAGUUUGGCAAUGGUAUUUUCAGCUACUUUUGAAGAUAAAGUUUACGCGGUAAAGAGUUUUAACAACAAUUUAGAAAUAAAUCAGGAAGAGUACAAGCAUCUCACUAGAGAAACUAUAAAUCUUUAUAAUAUUGAUCAUCCUAAUAUUAUUAAGCUUUACGGAGCUUCAUUUAAUCCAGAAACCGGUAAUUUAUUCUUGGUUUUACAGCUCGCUGAUAAAACAUUACGGGAUCAUUUAAAAAGUAAAUGUAGUAAGGAUCUUUAUCAAAUUUCAUGGGAUGAACUCAUUAAUAUUGCAAAAGGAAUUACCAAUGGACUGAAACAUUUACACGAAAAAGGAAUCAUGCAUCGCAUUUAUGGUGUCAUCUCUAAACUUAUAGUUAACGAAAGACCUGAAAUUGUUCCUAAUACCCCAUCGAGUUACAUUGAUCUCGUUGAAAAAUGUUGGUCUUCUAAUCAAAAUGAACGUCCAACAUUAGAUAUUAUUUUAAGUCAACUCGAAGAGCUAUCGACAGAAACUAUCAAUACAAUAACGAAUCAAAUUGUGAUACGAAAUGAAAAUGAUUUUAAUCAAAAUGAAUCUGUGAACAAUUCAUCAAAUAAUGGAAGUUAA